AACCAAAAACACAAAACAGCUGAUCGUGACAUUUCCUAGUACACAUCCGUGAUUUUAGCUUAGCCUUCUUUUCUGCAUUAAUAUUUCAAAAAAUAUGUCAGAAAAUAGUAAUAACCAAAAGAAUUUUCCUCCUGGAUGGAAUGACCCUCCUAAAGUAGGUUACACAGAGUCAACUAGCAGUUCAUCACCUAAUCCAACAAAGUUGAAUCUUAAUAAACGUGUUGCGUUCCCUAUGAACAACCAAGGAAGCGGAGCAGGUAUCCAACAGAAAGUAGAAUUGGCACCUUCUGGUCUUCCCAUGCCUUUUGCGAAAGUCUCUUCAAAAAUGGAACCUCCAAGAAGCAUUCCAUCCCUUGAUCAAAAUAUCUCGUACACCGCACCACCACCCUGUUCUCCUAGUUCUCGAGACAAAGAUGAAAAUCCAGAAGAUACUACUGAAAAAAUCAAAACUACCAAUAUAAUAACCAGUCAGACAAAAAUGCAGGAAACUUUGCAAAGUCUUGAAACAUUCGCUAGGAAAAUUGAGGACAAGAAGGUAAUGGAUGAAGUAUUAAGGCGGAUGGAUCUUUUGCGGGUGCAAUUAAUAAAGGAUCAACUCAGUGAGCUUAUCAAAAGUCAUUUAGUGAAAAUCUGUAUGGCUCUCGAGGAGGAAAAUUACAAUGAAGCAAAUCAAUUACAUCGGUCUCUCAUGAUUGAGUUUCAUUCCGAGUGCUCCUCAUGGGGCUCAUCUCUUCGGAACAUCAUUCUAGCAGCUCAACCACAAAGAUGAUGCAAUAAAUCUUCACAAAAACUAAA